AUGGCUGAAGUGGAUUUAAGCAUGUCUGGUGCCCCAUUGUCUUUUUCUUUUGGAGCUAGUGGUUUUCUUGCUGUUUAUGAAAUAGGUGUGAUCCGGGGCUUCUUGGAACUAGCGCCUGGAAUAUUGAGGUCUGCGCCAAAAAUAUAUGGAGCAUCAUCUGGCUCAAUCAUAGCAGCAGCUGUGGUGUGUGAACUUAAUCUGGGUAAGCACUUGAAUUGGUUUGGCUUGUUCUAGAUGUACUUAUAUGCAUUUGUGUCUGUUAACUAGGUAAUUCACUGCAAAAUUUAUUGGGUGGGACUUGGGGAGAAGUUGAGUCCUCAAACUUUCUUCUUUCAGUGUAGCAUACAGAGGUAAUGCUGUGAGAGUGCACUGUUCUAUAAAGACAGGAAUAAUACCUCAGAUUCCCAUGCAAAUAUAUCCAAGAAGAAAAAACCCAAUUUUAAUAGAUAUAGAAUGAUUUAUUAGACAGAUACCCCAACAUGUUCUUUAACUGACUGCAGAUUUCUGAACACCUACUCGGGGGAUUGGAUAGCCCUGAAGAAUAUAUUGUAAUCAAUUUGCACCAGGGUAUCUGUCCAACUGUUUGACUUAGAGCUUUUAACUUUGCAAUAUUGUUCUCUUACUCAGGGGCAUGCAUGUAUCUGAAUACUUUAAGAAUCUUUUUUAAAAAGCUAUAAUUGUGAGUGCUCAGGUAUAAUUUCAGAUCUUAGUGUGUUUCCUCUCAGUUGCCCUUAUGGUAAGGAAGCUGCUUUGAUAAACCAUUGAUAAGAUAUCUUAUAAUCUCCAACAUUUAUCCGAUAAAAAUAGGGAUGUCCUAUCCAAUAACAAAAGUUGUUGUCGUUUGUUACAUACCCCGUCCAUCUGACUGGGUUGCCCCAGCUGCUCUUAGCAGCUUCCAACAUAAAUAAAAACAUAACGGAACGUUAAACAUUUAAGAACUUCCCUAUACAGUGCUGCCUUCAGAUGUCUUCAAAGGUUGUAUAGUUAAUUAUCUCCUUGGCUUGGGGGGGUCACAUAACUCCAUGCCCUCCAACAUUUCUCUGAUGAAAAUGGGGACAUCCUAAGGAAAAGCAGGACAUUCUGGGAUCAAAUCAGAAGCUACGGUGGCUUCUGUAAAUCUGGGACUGUCCAUUGGAAAAUAGGGACACUUGGAGGGUCUGAUAUUUACCCAGGGACGCAGAGUAUUGGCAUCUGUCCAUUUAGUUUUUUUAAAGUAUUUUCGACCCACUCUUCAGUUUAAAAAGGCUCCUAGUUACAUUGCAAUGUUUUAACGCGCACCCGUAGCUUCCCAGAGCUUACCCUUUUGCUUUUUUAAUGAAUCGAAGGGACAUUUAUAUCUGUUAGUUCUCAUGAAACAUAGAUAAAAUCCAGUCCUUGCUACAUGAACAGCUGCUUCCCAUGUUUCGGUUUACACAACGUGCUGCCACCCCAACAGGAAUUGCCAAGGGAAGGGGCCGGGACAGACUUAUGCUGCCAUGCCAAGAAUGCCCCACGUCUUCCAGCAAGACACAUAUUUUUUCCUUCUGGAUACUUGUACGCAUCGUAGGAAAAGCUUCCCUUGCCAAAUUCCUCACAUCUCCUAACAACUCUCAGAGCCAUUAAAAACUACAGCUCCCAGAAUUGUUGGGUGGAAGUCAUGACAGUUUCAAGUGGUAUGUUACUGCUUGAAUGGUAUAGUGCAGAUGGCAGCCUUAUUUUUUUUUUUUUUAAUGAUAUUUAUUCCAAGUUUAAAAUUACAAAAAGAGAAAAAAACAGUACAAAAUAUAAAAAGAAAUACAAAAAAAAUUUUUUUUCCAUAACAGAGCAAAGUAAAAAGAAAAAAGAGAACAAUAAGCAAGACAAAAAAUAUAAAAAUACAUUAAAUUAAAUUAAAACAAAAACAAAUUAAACCUUUACAUAACUUUUUCCCUUUACUUAUUUCCUUGACCUCCUCUCACCUCCCAAUUUUGUAUUCUAGUUCAGAUCGUUUUUUCCAGCAAAUCCUUCCAACCUUAUUUUCAUUUACGUAUUUUAAUUUAAAAUAUUAUAAUUAAACAUCCUCUGUUUCAUCAAUUUCAUCAACUCAUUUUUGCUUAAUCCUUUAUGUCAUAUCUACCAAAACUGCCUACAUUUUCUUUUUCCGACAUCUUUCUAACAGUCUUUAAUAUUACAAUAUUUUUGAAGAUAUAUUUUAAAUUUUUUCCAGUCUUCUUCCACCGACCCCUUAGUUUUGACUCCAGGCCACAAGAAAGUCAAUGUUUCCCCGAACCUAAAAUUCAGAAUUUGCUUUUCUAGCUUUUUCAGUGACCUUAGCCAAUCACGACCCUACAUGAACUUGUUAUGCAUUAGUCGUUAAGUCACCGUCCCUUAAUAUCUACUCAAACAUCUUCAACUGUUCUAAUUCCUGGGUAUCCCAGUAUGCUUAGGACACAGAUAUUUUUGAUCAAUCUAAUCUGUCUGGCGACAUGUUCCAUCUUUCUAAAGCAACUCCCAGACAUGGCAUGUGAGCUGAAUUAGUUUGGUCAUCUCAGCAGCUAUUACGGCAAAGAAAUGCAGAAGUGCCUAUGUUUAUGCAUGUAAGCUGAUCGAUAACAAUAUCAAACUGGGUCAUGACAUGUUAGUGUGUUGGCUGCAGUGUGUGGCACACAAAUGCUCCCCGGGUUCCUCCUGGGGUUGGAAAGGGUUCGUUUAAUCUCCAGUUUGCUAGUAAAACUGAAUUACCAUGUCAAAAAGUGAUGCAAAACUGAAUUACUGUGUUGCGAAAUGAUGCAUGUUCAAAAAGCGUGUCACCAACUGGAAAAGUUUGGAAAGCUCUGCUCUAUGCCUUUCCCAGUUACCAGACAAACAUUUGCAUUGCAAGUGGCAUUUUCCCUCUCAGGCAGAUGCAACAAUGGUCUUGCUAAUGAUUUACAACUGCUGAUUUAUAAAAGCGUUAUUUUAUUUCUUUACUUAUCCAAAAGCAUUUAUAAACUGCCUUAAUAGUUCAAAACGUAUCUCAAAGAUCCAAACAAUAUAUUUUUCAAACAAAAACAAAAAACCCUCAAACCAGUGUAAUAGCAAUAUAAAAGCACAGAAAAGCAAAUAAAACAGAAAUCCAGAGGAUUUGAAUAUGUAAAACAGGGUCCAUUCUUAUGGGCCAGGGAAAGUCAUCACCAGAUGUCUGUGGCAACUAAUGGUUGCUUCAUCACAUAUGGCAGAGGGAAGGGCAUUCCACAGCACAGGGGAAAACAGAAAAUGCCUGUUUUCAGAUCACCACCCUAUGAUUAGACAAAUUCAGGGAGGCUAAGGCUACCAGUGGUCAUGUUGCCUAUAUAUUCUUACACGCCACUCCAAUCUCCAUGCGGUGUGAGAUUUCAGGGGUUCCAGGCGCUUAAUCAGGGUUGGUGUUUCGUUUGGGAAUGAGGCACAGCUGAGACUGUUGUGUCUUUAUGAUAUAUGGUUUAUUUAUGCAUAUAUACAACCUGAGCCUAUGAUGGAGGGGCUCCCAGCUUUUACACCCCAAGUGAGUCCUGUUUCUCCCAUUGCUGCAGCCUCAGAGUCAGCUGCUAGUCCCCUGCUCUUCAGCUUUCCGCGUUCACAGCCUGACCCCUUUUCCCCUCGAUGAUGUCACAGCCCACUCAAAUCCUAAAUCCAAUGCUCUCCUUUUGUCUCUGUUCACUAUCUCAGAGUUCAGGGAGGAGCUCUCCUCAUUUGCUGGCAGGCUUUGCUAAUAGUCCAUCUCUCUGUCUUUGUUCUCUGCUAAUGGCUCAUCUUCUCCCAGGCAAUUUCUUGCGCAUGGAAAAACUGUUUUUUGAUAUUGCUUAAUACUCCAAGCACUGAUUAAACUCCAACACCCAUUAAACCAAUUUAGGGGAGUCAAGGCACCCACAGACUCAUAGCGAGAUGUUACCUCCAGUAUCAGAGACAGUAUAUGUCUGAAUACUGGUUGUGGGAGAACUUUAUCAACGUCUUGGAUGAUGGACUCAAGGGCAUCCUGAUCAAAUUUGAGGAUGACACCAAACUGGGAGGGGUGGCUAACACCCCAGAGGACAGGAUCACACUUCAAAACAACCUUGACAGAUUAGAGAACUGGGCCAAAACAAACAAGAUGAAUUUUAACAGGGAGAAAUGUAAAGUAUUGCACUUGGGCAAAAAAAUGAGAGGCACAAAUACAAGAUGGGUGACACCUGGCUUGAGAGCAGUACAUGUGAAAAGGAUCUAGGAGUCUUGGUUGACCACAAACUUGACGUGAGCCAACAGUGUGACGCGGCAGCUAAAAAAGCCAAUGCAAUUCUGGGCUGCAUCAAUAGGAGUAUAGCAUCUAGAUCAAGGGAAGUAAUAGUGCCACUGUAUUCUGCUCUGGUCAGACCUCACCUGGAGUACUGUGUCCAGUUCUGGGCACCACAGUUCAAGAAGGACACUGACAAACUGGAACGUGUCCAGAGGAGGGCAACCAAAAUGGUCAAAGGCCUGGAAACGAUGCCUUAUGAGGAACGGCUAAGGGAGCUGGGCAUGUUUAGCCUGGAGAAGAGGAGGUUAAGAGGUGAUAUGAUAGCCAUGUUCAAAUAUAAAAGGAUGUCACAUAGAGGAGGGAGAAAGGUUGUUUUCUGCUGCUCCAGAGAAGCGGACAAGGAGCAAUGGAUCCAAACUACAAGAAAGAAGAUUCCACCUAAACAUUAGGAAGAACUUCCUGACAGUAAGAGCUGUUCGACAGUGGAAUUUGCUGCCAAGGAGUGUGGUGGAGUCUCCUUCUUUGGAGGUCUUUAAGCAAAGGCUUGACAACCAUAUGUCAGGAGUGCUCUGAUGGUGUUUCCUGCUUGGCAGGGGGUUGGACUCGAUGGCCCUUGUGGUCUCUUCUAACUCUAUGAUUCUAUGAUUCUAUGAAGGAACAUUAUAAUGGUUUGUGAAUGAACUCUGUAUUAUUUUUGUUCAUUUCCCCACAUGAAACACAAAUUAGCUUCUGUGGCAUGUGCAUGAGUAAUUGUCCCUUCCAGGUACCUGUUAAUUGUUUUAGCAUGCUUUAAAUAACAUGGAUUUUCAUAUGUAGGUGUCAGUCAGCAGUUCAUAUCUAAUUGCGACCCAUCUCCCCCAUCAUGGUGUUAAGUUCAACAGUUCAGAAGAAGGGCAGAACUGGAAGUGAUAUCUGCAGAUGCCUGGUCUCAGCUCUGCAUUUGUCAAGAUAGCAAGAAUGGGAGGGAAUGUGGGGAUAACUAUUCUUAUAAACAACCGAGAGCAUAAUUUAAUAACAGGUGAUUCUAAUAAUCCUGUCUGCCAUUUUCUAAUAAAUGCUUGUUUUUUCUCCUCUGCCAGAUGAUGUAAAAAGGUUUUUCUAUAGGGCUGCACAAGAUACCAGGAAUCCCAUAAUUGGCCCUCUUGCCCCUGGUUGCAGUGUGGUUCGUAUCCUGCAGAAAAGACUGCACCAAAUUCUGCCAGAGAACUCUCACCAGAUGGCCACAGGGCGGCUUUAUGUUUCUCUCACCCGUCUGGUAGAUGGCCAAAAUGUUGUGGUUUCUGAGUACAGUUCCAAAGAGGAGCUUAUCCAGGUGACAAAAAGUUCAUUUUUUUUGUUUUUGUUUUUCAAAGCUCUUUAUAGUAUUUUUCACUGCAAUUUCAGGUAAUUACACAGUUCCUCUCCUAUGGGAUAAAAUUAAGAUUAAAAUAAUACUUAAAUUAACAUCAAGGUAAUAACAUGGAUUUUAAAAAAUAAUAAUUUCAUGAAAUUUAUAUACUGCUUGAUUGGGGGGGGUGUAACCCUCAAUAAAUAUCCUGUAAUGAAUAAAGUGCUUUAAUUGUUAAAGUGUUUUAAUUGUUGUGAUCCACCCUGGGACCAUGGGGUGAGGGGCAGGUAAUAAUAAAAAUACUUUGUGAGUUCAUAGCAGAAUCAAGGUUUGAAUUUCAAGGACUUUCUGGCUUAGCCACUAAAGUUCACCAGCUUGUCCCUUUAAAUGAAGAAUAUGAUAGAAUUGCUUCUAUCCAUCUAAUGCCUCCACAACACACAGAUAUUCUUUCUCUUCCCACAGGCAUUGGUUUGCAGUUGCUUUAUCCCAAUCUAUGCUGGCUUCAUCCCUCCCUCCUUCCGAGGUGUGGUGAGUUUAUUUAGCACCAUCCUAGAGAAGGCUGGUUAUUCUGUCUUUUCAUGCUGUCUAAUACACUCACAAACUUAUAGUGCUCAACCGUCCUGAUCUAAGCAGAACAUCCUAGAAGUACAGAAGCCAUCCCGGCUUCUGAUUAGAUCCCAGAAUGUCCCCUUUUUUUGGUCCCAGUGCUCUGGUGUGAGUUAGCUGGCUCCUGCGAGAGCUCGGGACCAAAAAAACGAGUGUCCCAAUUUGGAUCCCCUGGAUGUUGGAGAGUAAUAUAAUAAUAAUAAUAAUAAUAAUAAUAAUUAAUAAUAAUUUAUUAUUUGUACCCCGCCCAUCUGGCUGGGUUUCUCCAGCCACUCUGGGCGGCUUCCAUAGAAACAAAAAAUACAGUAAAAUAUCACAGAUUAAAAGCUUCCCUGAACAGGGCUGCCUUAAGAUGCCUUCUAAAUGUCAGGUAGUUAUUUAUCGCUUUGACAUCUGAUGGGAGGGCGUUCCACAGGGCGGGCGCCACUACCGAGAAGGCCCUCUGCCUGGUUCCCUGUAGCUUUGCUUCUCGCAAUGAGGGAACCGCCAGAAGGCCCUCGGCGCUAGACCUCAGCGUCCGGGCAGAAUGAUGGGGGUGGAGACGCUCCUUCAGGUAUACUGGGCCGAGUAUGCAAGCUAUGUUUGCAAUACUAACAGUGGAAUGUCCUGCAAGCUAUGUUUUGCAAUGUAUGCAAGCUAUGUCUGCAAGCUAUGUUUUGCAAUGUAUGCAAGCUAUGUAUGCAAGCUAUGUUUGCAAUACUAACAGUGAAAUGUCCUGCAAGCUAUGUUUUGCAAUGUAUGCAAGCUAUGUAUGCAAGCUAUGUUUGCAAAACUAACAGUGGAAUGUCCUGCAAGCUAUGUUUUGCAAUGUAUGCAAGCUAUGUUUGCAAUACUAACAGUGGUACCUGAGGUUAAAUACGCUUCAGGUUACAUACGCUUCAGGUUACAGACUCCGCUAACCCAGAAAUAGUGCUUCAGGUUAAGAACUUUGCUUCAGGAUGAGAACAGAAAUCGGGCUCUGGUGGCGCAGCGGCAGCGGGAGGCCCCAUUAGCCAAAGUGGUGCUUCAGGUUAAGAACAGUUUCAGGUUAAGAACGGACCUCCGGAACGAAUUAAGUACUUAACCCGAGGUACCACUGUACCAUGAAGCUUCACUGACUGAGAACUAGGUGAACUAGUGUUUUUUUGUGUUCUGGUACUCUCUGGUAUGAAGCACCAUUACUUUUUUUCUUUUGUGUUGUAAUGGCAGUCUUUUUGUGCUGGAACCCACAGCAAGGUGUGAGUGCCAGCCAGUACCUAACUUUUUACCAAAGGAAAAGAAAAAAAGAAAAAGCCUCGCCUUCAGGGAUACCACAGAUACAUGAAUUCUAUAAAUAGCAAUUGCCUUUCAGUUACAAUAAGUUUAUACAAGGAGCUUAGAAAGUGGAUGUGAAUUUUAACUUGUUUUAUUAUUCUAACAUUUUGCACGCUUUAAACUAAUGCUGUAAAUUUAUCUUCAUUUUCUUCUUUUAUCGUUUUGUUAACCGCUUUGAGGCUUUCUCUUUUUUUAACCAUCAGGCGGUAUAUAAAUUUUAAACCAAUUUUUAUCCACUCAAGUAAAAACACAAGCAAUUUUUAAAAAAAAUAAAAUAAAAACAUCAAGAAAUAUUUCACAGCAAAAGAAAGAGUCCGAUGGUGACUUGCUAUUAGAGAUCCAAGCAAUUUAAUCAACAGUAGCAGUAUUAGAAUGCAGCUUUUUUUCUGCUAACCUUUCAAAGUACUAGUUCUGCUUCAGCUGUGCUGCAUUUGCUGAACGCAAUUAUCUUGAAACAUCCCUGUUGCUUUCUUGCAGCGGUACGUUGAUGGAGGUUUCACUAACUUGCAGCCUUGUUCCGACUUGGAGACGGCCAUCACCGUGUCUCCUUUUACAGGAGAGACUGACAUCUGCCCUCGGAACUGCCCAGCAAUGUUCUACGGCUUUCAUAUCGCAAACUGCACCAUUCAGAUAUCCAUAGAGAACUUGUGCAGAAUUAGCUAUGCUAUAUUUCCACCCAACUGCCGGGUAGGUUUCCUCAAUCAUCUAGUUAUUACGUUGUUGAUCAGUCUGUCAAGUAAGAUGAGGGAGUAGAAUUAAGAAAUGGCUUACAAAUAUUGGGUGGGGAAGAGCACCGAAAGGGAGAGGGGAUGCCAGCAAAGGCUCACUGGAGUACAAGCAUUUAUUUUAUACAGUCUGAAAAGUUCUGUGUUCAAAUUGCCAGACUUUGAUCUAAUUGCCAUAUUUGGAUGCACUGCUUUUUAAAAAGGUUUUUCACUGGCGGGGAAUGAACUCAAAAGGGCACUGUUAACCAUCCCAAGAGGCACAUUCAAAGAAUACAACUUACAUACGAUAAAGAUUUCUUAACAUUUAAAUAUAAUUUAAAUAAAUUUAGUGCUUACAUUUAACAUCAGUAUUCUCUUACACCACUGACAACUGGAACAGUCCAAUUGUCCAAGAUUAUUUUGACGCAUUGCAUGCCUUUUCCUAGGUUUUGAAUGACUUUUAUUCACAAGGAUAUCUGGAUGCCAUUCUCUUCUUGCACAGAAACAGUAAGUGCUACAUGGCUCAUAAAAUGUUACAUGACUCCUCCUGACAAUGCGCCUCUCCUCCUGAUGACGUGUGUGUGAUGUCACAGGCACGACAUUACGCAUGUGCUCCAUCACUGCCCCCCCCCAAUCUUUGGCCCAAAGUUGUGCCUCUGAACACAAGUAAACGGCAUUAUAUAUUUCUGGAGAGAUUUCUAUACCGCAAUCACAGCUGUAAUGUGAAGACAGCAUUAUUCUGUUUUCCCAGGCACAGUGAAUUAAGAGUACACUGUCCAGACUCCAUAAACCCAACCCCCUUUCUUCACUUGGCCUAGGAGAAACCCACAUUGAAGCUGGUGUGUGAUUUAGACUCCAGAUUUAAGAGUAUUAUUCUUCUGUACAUAGGAGAUUGGUCUGUUUAUUCUGGUCUGUAACUUUUUCUUCAGUGUGAAAGACGAUUAUGGACUUAACAGCAUCUAACACUUAUCUUUGGGUGCUUCCAGAUGGGGGCUUAAUAUUGCAAACAGGUCGCUCAGCUAUAGCAGUCAGUUGCUUAGCUGGAGAGGGUUUUGGUGGUUUUUGUUUUUUUAAAAAAACAGAUAUCACAUUUGAAAGAAAUAAUUUUCUGCAUAAAUCCUAAUUAAAUUGUGGGGGGGAUCCAGGCUGGCAUUUUGAUCAGGCAGAUGCUACAAAAACAAACAAACAAACAAACAAACAAACAAACACCCCUUGCUUACACCAGUAGCAAGCAAAUAAAUGCCAGUCUGGAAGCUCCUUUGUCAAUGGAAGUAACAUUUACAUGAGAAUGGCCAAACUGGACUUGAUUGAGGCAAAAUAGCCACCUAUGAGUAACUAUCUGUGCCUUAAAAUCUCAGCCAACCAACUCUGCACACCCCAACCCACCCCAAAACCAGCAGAUUUUGCUCAUUAUGCAACAUCUAUUUCCCCCUCCUUUUGAAGACUUACAUCUGGAGAAGAGUUCUAUGUAACUCUGGAGUUUGCUUCUAGCAUUUUAAGAAGAGUUGGUCUCAUAAGCAAUAUGCUCUUACUUUUACCUGGUUUGUGGGAAGGGCAUAGCCAAUAAAGCUUAUAAACCCCUUACAUAUUUUUCUGUUCUUAAAAAUGCCAUUUGUAUUACUUUGCAUAUUUGAUUAUUUCUUGUUAGGUAUUUGAUUGUUUCUUUGAUUAUUUCUUGUCAGAUAUUUUUGAAAUCUGCUCUCAUGCCAAAACAGUUGAAUUUCUUGGUGUCUUCAGUAAAAAAGAGUUGUUCCAUGCUGGUCAAGCGGCUUCCUGCCAACAACCAAGGGUGGACGUCCUCAGCACGCCUAUCAGGACAGUUCCUAAAGGCUUCUCGAAGCCCUCUAAUUGUAAGAAUGGUACAGUCCAUAGAGCAGGCAGCAGACUAUUGCCACAACAGUCUCUGCAUUGUCCGAAAGGUGAGAAACCCAGAUGCAGACUGCAAUAGUACAGAUUGUAAAAGCAACUGCAAUAGUACAGACUGUAUAAAUGCAGACUGCAAUAGUACAGAUUGUAAAAGCAAGUAAAACAAUUUACACAGUCAUCAAAACAAGUAAAACUCUUUCAAACCAAAAUAAAAAUGUACAGAUUGAACAUAUUGUACCACCAGGUCCUAGUAUUAUGCUAUACACUGUCUUCACACAAUGUAUCGUUAUAUAUAUUUCUGCCAUGUCCCCCUUACUUGGGUAAUUGGAUUUCCCAGUCAUUUAAUAGCUGCUGCUAGGGAAAUAUAUUGUGGAGAUUUGUAUGUGUAAUCUGAUUUUUCUUUUCCAUAAAUCAUUAAUUCCAUUACUAUUAUUAUUUUCAUACCCCGUUGGAUGUAGCUUCAGCUAUCUUACAAAUGCAGAAAACACCCGGAUUGCUAAGUAUGGUAACAAGAUUCAUAUUGCAACAAAUUACGUCCAUUAAACCUUCUACAAGAGUGGCAUGGUCUUUCUGUAAAAGGUAAGGAUUUCCUAGAUGAGAUUCUUGAAUGGGGUUUGAUUUUUAAUUGUUUCAGCAAUGACUUAGCAAGAAGAGUGAAUUUUGUGUUGAUUGGAUCAGAAAUAUACUUAGGUAUUUCUUUGUCUAGUGUAUGGUUUAUUUAAAAAACCAACCAACCCAACCAAGCAGACAGCCUCUGAUUGGCUAGAGGAAAUGGUGGUUCUUAAUUGUUGAUAUUUGACUGCAAUUUUAUAAGGAAUUUAUAAGGUUUAGAACUAUGUCAGUCUAUGUGUGGAGAAGAGGUGGGAGGGUCAGGCGUGCGCUUAACCCUUUCCCCACCUGCUCUUUCUCUACUUCCCAGUCACCCUCUCCCAAAUUGGUUUUCCUGUUUAAAAUGUGUCAUUGAGUUCCUGUCUCCUGCAUUUGUAAGCAGAAUGUAGUCUGGCCCAAACUGAUAGAUAUAGGUGGGAUCAAGGCCUUUUAGUAUAGGACCCCGAGAAUGGAAAUCCUUAGUGAGUACAGAACUUCUUGAUCUUUGGUCUUUAGAACUUCAGCUUUUUUUUUUAUCUUGUCUUGAAUCCUAAAUGCAGGCGUGUACCUCAAAUAAGGGUGUUUUCAAAUGUUAUAUUAUACAUAGACAGACUCUGGCUCCAGUCUCAAAGCUUGCAAUGUGUUCGCUCCCAAUUUUCCCUUGAUUUAUCCUGUAUCAUUUCUUCUAAAGGUUGUGGCGUGUUUUGGAAGAGAUCAGCUGGCUUGGAAGACAGUUCAAAAGGUCUAAGUGA